AUGACUGGAUCAUUUGAUAAAUUACGAAUGUUUGACCCAAUAAAUAUAUUUUCUACAAAAUUUAAAACUAGUCAAAAAGAUCGUCAAGCAAUAAUUUUGGAACACGAUAAUUGUUGGAAAAGCGUAUGGACAAUAUCUUUACCAAUAUCAUAUGUAAAAACGCGUUUUACGUUUCCGGCAUUAGCAUUAAACGCUACUAUAUCGUUGUUACCAUUUUUAGAAACACCAAAUCAAAUAAUUAAAAAAGUCAAAGACGAUAUGUAUGAUAUUAAUAAUUUUGGAAGAAUGAAUUUGUUAGCGGGAUUAUGUGAAGAUCCUACUUUUGAAUCUGAAGAUAUAAAUUUUCAUAUUCCUCAAAUUCAAGUUACUGAAUCAAAACGACAAAGUAUUUAUCCUAAAUUAACUCCAACAAAAUACACUUGUCAAAAAAUUUUAUCAUUGAAAAAUGCGUUAAAUGUACGAAUGCGAACUAUUGGAAUAUCACCUCAAGAGAAUUCAUUAAUGAUUUUGGUUUCAUUAGAAAAUAAAGAUGAAGAUACCAAGAAUUCAUUUUUGGUUGAAUCAAUUAAAAUUGAUAUUCCAAAUAGUUUUGUAACAAGAUAUGAAGCGAUACAAGAUGGUUCCACUGAUAAACUCCCAUUAAUUCUUAAACCAAUUGAUCAAUCGAUCAAAGAUAAGGAUGAUGAUGAUAAUAAUAAUGUCAAACGACAACGUCCUUUUUUAAUUUUUGUAAAAGGGUCGCCAAUAAUUGAUCAAAAGAAAGUUAAAUCUAUAGAAUCUAAAUGGAAUUGUACGCUUGAUUUAUCAAGUUUGCUUCGACGUGAUAAUUCGAUUAUGAGAAAGAAACGUCCAAUAUCACUUUUUUCAAAGUAUGGCUUAUCUCAAACUUCUUCAAGAAAUUCUAUUGUGAAUUUACCUUCUAAUGCUCCUAUGAUAGAAGAUUCUUUUUAUGAGAUGACUGAUGUCGAAGAUAGUGUUACAUUGUCAUUUUCCAUUGAUUCUGAAGUCGCAGUUGGCAAGAUAUUCUCAGUGCGAGCAUUCAUAGUAAAUAAAUCAAAAUACACCCGAAAAUUUUCAAUAAUUGUUCCAAACAAAAAAAAAAAAUCUCAAUCUUAUGGCGCUAAAAAUUCCAAAAUUUUGUCAUCCUUUACAUCAUCUUCCAAAAGUCGUAAUUGCGUCAUACAACCUUUUAUGGACGAAGCUGAAUUUCUUAAUAGACAUUUAGAAUAUGAGACACCAGCAGCUGAUCUCGUUUGUUUAGAUAACAGAGUUCAAAUUGGACCGAUUCGUCCUUCAUCAAGUGAAUCAGUAGCUUUACGUUUUAUUGCGACGAAAGAAUCAUUAUAUCCAAUUGAACUUGUGAAACUUGUUGACAUAGAUUCAGGAUGUACUACGAACAUUCGAAAUGUUUUAGAAAUAUUAGUUCCAGGAGCUUUAAUAUCUAAAUUAUCACCGUCAUCAUCAACGAAAUGUGCAUCUAGAAAAAUUGAUGUAACUGUUUUAAAACAUGUAGUUAGCGGUUAA